CGACGCUUAUUGGUUACUAAUACAAAUCGCCCCUCCGUAAAGUCUGAAGACGAAACGAAGAACAAACACUGAAACAAAAAUCUUAGCAGAGAACAAAAAUCCCAAAGCCUAAAAACCCUAAUCCCAGACGAAUCAAUGGAGCGAGAAGACGAUGCGAGUGGACCGAUGAUGGAGAUGUGCACUAACGGCGUCGAAGAGACGUCUAAUCGAAGACCUAUCAUAAGUGGCGAACCGCUCGACAUCGAGGCUUACGCGGCUCUCUACAAAGGUCGCACGAAGAUCAUGCGGCUUCUCUUCAUCGCUAACCACUGCGGAGGAAACCACGCGAUUCAGCUUGAAGCGUUGAGGAUGGCUUACGAUGAGAUCAAAAAGGGUGAGAACACGCAGUUGUUUAGAGAAGUGGUCAAUAAGAUUGGCGGCAGGCUUGGUGAUAAGUAUGGGAUGGAUUCUUCUUGGUGUGAAGCCGUCGAUCGUCGUGCUGAACAGAAGAAAGGAAAGCUGGAGAAUGAGCUCAGUUCUUAUCGGACAAAUCUGAUCAAGGAAAGCAUCAGAAUGGGUUACAAUGACUUUGGAGAUUUCUACUAUGCGUGUGGUAUGCUCGGAGAUGCUUUCAAGAACUAUAUCCGAACACGCGACUACUGCACUACAACGAAGCAUAUCAUUCACAUGUGUAUGAAUGCGAUUCUUGUCAGCAUUGAAAUGGGUCAGUUUACUCAUGUUACAAGCUACGUGAACAAGGCAGAGCAGAAUCCUGAUCCUCUUGACCCUAUUGUUAUUGCAAAAUUGCGAUGUGCAUCUGGAUUGGCUCAUUUGGAGCUGAAGAAGUACAAGCUAGCUGCUCGUAAGUUCCUUGAUGUUAAUCCAGAACUUGGAAAUUCCUAUAAUGAGGUCAUUGCUCCUCAAGAUAUUGCCACCUAUGGUGGACUCUGUGCCCUGGCAAGCUUUGAUCGAUCAGAAUUGAAGCAAAAAGUCAUUGACAAUAUCAACUUCCGGAAUUUCUUGGAGCUAGUGCCUGAAGUGAGGGAACUUAUCAACGAUUUCUAUUCAAGCCGUUAUGCUUCCUGCCUGGAAUAUCUAGCAAGUCUCAAAGCGAAUUUGCUGCUGGACAUCCAUCUUCAUGAUCACGUUGACACACUCUAUGAUCAGAUAAGGAAGAAGGCACUGAUCCAGUACACACUGCCAUUUGUGUCUGUUGAUUUGAGCAGGAUGGCUGAUGCAUUCAAGACUAGCGUCUCUGGUCUAGAGAAAGAACUUGAAGCCUUGAUCACAGACAACCAGAUUCAGGCGCGGAUUGAUUCACACAACAAAAUCCUCUACGCAAGACACGCGGAUCAGAGGAAUGCAACUUUCCAAAAGGUACUUCAGAUGGGAAACGAAUUCGAUAGAGAUGUCAGGGCGAUGCUGUUAAGAGCCAACCUCCUGAAACAUGAGUAUCAUGCCAGAUCGUCAAGAAAACUUUGAAAUUGAUGACAUCAACUUUUGCUAAACUGAGAGGAUUUUCAAGGGUGUUUUUUCAAGAUUCGAACAAAACGAGAAAUUGGGCAAGAUUACUUUUUUGUAAGAACCAAUAGUGUUUCUAUGAGUCGGUGACAUUUUGAGUAAGUAAAGGUUUUAUUCAAAGAUGGACAGUCCAUUAUUAAUCAACUUUUGAACGAUAUUGCCUUUUAAACGAGUCUUAGGUACCAUCGCAA